CAGUUCGUUGUUAUUGUUGUUUUCUACUUGCGUUAUCUUUUCUUCCUUCUCCACAAGGCAAACCAACGCGCAAAAGCAGAGAUACAAGAAACACCCCAAUUACCAUUCAUUGUUCGCAUGGAUUGGGUUCGAGGAGACGCCGUUGGUCGAGGAAGCUUCGCCACCGUUAAUUUAGCAAUUCCCAAGACCAACUCCAACUCCUCUCAGUUUCCCUCUCUAACAGCCGUUAAGUCCUCUGAAGCUCUCACCUCCUCUUCGCUCAAAAACGAAAAACACGUGCUCGAUCGCUUAGGCUCAUGCCCAAGAAUCAUUCGAUGCUUUGGAGAUGACUAUAGUUUUGAGAAUGGUGUUGAGUACUACAACUUGUUCCUUGAAUACGCCGCCGCCGGCAGCCUCGCCGACCAGCUUAAAAUUCACGGUGGCCGGGUUCCGGAGCCAAACGUUCGGCGUUACGCGAGGUCCAUCGUGGAGGGUCUUAUUCAUGUUCACCAAAAGGGGUUCGUUCACUGCGACAUAAAGCUUCAAAAUAUUCUCGUAUUCGAAGAUGGUGAAAUCAAGAUCGCUGAUUUUGGACUCGCGAAGGAGGCAGGGGCGAAACAGGGGAAGAGUGAUGAGAGGUUCGAAUGCAGGGGAACGCCGCUGUUUAUGUCGCCGGAGUCGGUAAACGACGGCGAGUAUGAGUCGCCGGCGGAUAUAUGGGCUUUAGGGUGUGUGGUGGUGGAGAUGGUUACCGGGAAACCGGCGUGGAAGGUCGAAAAGGAAUCGAGUAUGUGGUCGCUGUUGCUUCGAAUUGGGGUGGGAGAAGAGGUUCCCGGGAUACCCGAGGAGUUAUCUCAAGAGGGGAAGGAUUUUCUAGAGAAGUGUUUUGUGAAGGAUCCUAGAAAGCGAUGGAGUGCAGAGAUGCUUUUGAAUCACCCUUUUGUUUCUGAUGACACUGUUCCAUUUAAGCAUGUUUAUGAGUCACCGAGGAGUCACUUUGAGUUCCCUGAUUGGGUUUCGAGUGUCGCGGCUUCAAUUCCCAGUUCACCGGAUUCUCAAGAGCCAUGGACUUUUGAUUCUUCUUCGUGUUUUAACAAUAGUUUAUAUUCGCCGGUGGAUCGGCUCCGGCAGCUUGUUACGGCUCGGAGGCCGGCGAGUGGGUCGGAAUCUGAUAGUUGGACUAGCGUUAGGUGAAGUGGCAGAGGAACUAGAAGAUUGUGUUGUUCAUCGCAAUCGUUAGGUUCUGGUUCGAUUUUGAUAAUUAUUCAUAUUCAUUGAUUUAAUUUUUUUUAGGCUGUAAAUUGGGUACGAUAUAGGCACAUUUGUGAUUUGUGAUCUGACUUGAUGGAAGAGUUCUAACUGGCGCCUGUUUGGCGCGUUGUACAGAGGCUGAUUUUAUAAUAGAGAAAAAAUACAAUAUUUUUGCUUUUUAUCAAUUAUUUCUGUUUAAUUUCUUAAUUAUUUUUUGUUAUCUUGGGAAAUUUUUCUUUUACUACGAGGGGUGCAUCAAAUGGGGUAAGGCCGCGGUCGUAAAAGUGUUGACAUGAUGAUUAAAGGCAUGAUUACUUGUUGCCACAAAGAAGAUGGGGUAAAUGGGGUCUUAAACUUUUGUGUCGGUUUGAUCGGCGUCAAACAACCCAAGUGCACAUUUUUGGCGCUAACGCUUUGACAAUUUGUUAUUGUCAAUGGGUAAAAGUAAAUCAAUGAAUUGUGUUCGUAGACACUUUUCUUUAUUGUGGAUUCCUUUGACUGGGAUGGUUUUAAAUCUCGAGUGUGAAAUGAAAAGGUAUGGGGAGCACCUGGGCCUUCACGGUGUCGCGUGCCAGCGAGAGGACAGCUCUUCGAGCAUUUUGGAAACAGGGAAUUAAUAGUGCUUAGAUAUUAAUGGUGAAAAUGAAGAUGAUGAAAAUAAAACACUGUUAAGAAUUUGACAUUCAAAUUUGGGUUAAAAAUAUCCCGAUCUACCCGCUGUGGGGAAUUCCAUCUAAGUUCUUAUGAAUGUAAUUACGUAUAAGAAUAGGAAAUUUAGAAAGAAAGGAAUCAACCAUUACCAACUUCACACAAAGCAUUGUAGAAUAAGGGCAACGUAGGAGUGAGAUCAAAGCAUUCUAGAUUUUCUUCUUGUGGGAGAGGGCAGAGGUAUCCAAUCGGAGCAGUAAAAUCAAAAGAAAAUGGUCAAAUAACGAACUCCCAUGUUCAUAUGACUUGUGC